CAGGUUAGUUACUUGUCAGGUUGAGGUUUAUCCGGAUCAGUUAAGCCAGCAAGAAAGAAAACUUCCAUCAUCUUCAUUCAUCAUCAUCCCUUCUGUCAAGAAACAAGAAUUCUAACCAACGGGAAGCCUCGAGUUUCAUCGGUUCCGUGGCGCGACAAUUAGUUACUGCAGCUCUCUUCUUGUAAUCCUUUCUAUACUACCUGCUGCAUUGUUGACUGCUUCAUCCCGACUGAUCAGAGGCUGCGAAAAUGGUCAGCACUGAAACAGUCCGUACCAUUGUCGGCAUAAUCGGGAAUGUUAUAUCCUUUGGCCUGUUCUUGUCGCCGGUGCCAACAAUGGUGAAGAUAUAUAAGAACAAGUCGGUGCAGGCAUUCAAGCCUGAUCCGUAUGUCAUGACAGUACUCAACUGCAUGAUGUGGGUGUUCUACGGGAUGCCCUUUGUCCACCCAGACAGCACGCUCGUCUGGACCAUUAAUGGAGCUGGUCUCAUCAUGGAGCUCAUCUACGUCUCCGUGUUCCUAAUCUACUCCAACUGGCCGAUCCGCAGAAAGAUCCUCGUUGUACUUUUAAUUGAAGUGAUCUUCAUGGCUGCGGUGGUUCUGGUGACAAUGUUAGCCCUACACACAACCAAGAAGCGAACCCUCGUAGUUGGAAUCCUCGCCAUCAUCUUCAACAUUGGCAUGUAUGCCUCGCCGCUAACAGUCAUGAAACGCGUCAUCAAGACGAGGAGCGUCAAGUACAUGCCGUUCUACCUCUCGCUCGCCAACUUUGCAAACGGCCUCAUUUGGACAGUCUAUGCUCUUCUGAAGUUCGAUAUCAAUCUCCUGCUGCCGAAUGGCUUAGGAGCUCUAUCAGGAUUGGUGCAGCUUAUUCUUUAUGCAAUUUACUACAAGAGCACCAAGUGGGACGACGAACCGGAGAAGCCGACGGCUAACGUUCAACUCUCCCGAACCAAUAAUAAUAAUGCAUAGAUCGUCCUUUGAUCAAUUUUGUUUGCAGAUCAGGCUUUUUCUCAGGUCUUGUUAGGCUUUUUUUUCCAUUAAACCCCUCGGGUUUUAGUUGCUCGAUGCCGCUUCUCGUCAUGUGUGACGGGCUCGAGCUGUCCCAUGUUUGAGACCUACAAAUCAAACGAAUUCUUUUGGUAGAAUAUAUGAUGGCUCAGUGUUGCAUUCCA